UUUGGGUUUGUAUUCCUUCCACGAACUAAAACUAGGGAAGGAGGGGGUUGAAAAUUUGGAAAAGCCCCUUUUUUUCUUGGACUGCUGACGCGUACAUCGACGUGCAGCUCAGCGGCUCGGCUCUUCCAACAAACUCCACCAUGUUCUUUCGUGUUUUACUUUUAGGGACUCUGGUUUUUCAGGCCCAAAGUUACUUUUCGGAGGAAAAGUAUCCAGAGGAAUCGAAAAUGCAGCCUCCCACCGUGGUUAUCGCUAUCAUAGCCAGGAACACCGCUCAUUCCCUGCCGUACUACCUGGGAGCUCUGGAGAGGCUUAACUACCCCAAAGACCGCAUCUCCGUGUGGGCAGCCACAGAUCACAACUCAGACAACACCACAGCCAUACUGAAAGAGUGGCUGACUGUCAUGCAGAAAUUUUACCAUUACGUGGAGUGGAGACCAAUGGAGCAGCCUGCGUUCUAUGCAGGAGAGUUGGGUCCUAAGCACUGGCCCAACAGCAGAUAUGAGUACUUGAUGAAGCUGAAGCAGGCAGCACUCAACUUUGCCAGGAGGCGCUGGGCUGACUACAUCCUGUACGCGGACACAGACAACAUCCUCACCAACCCAGACACCAUCAACCUGCUGGUAGCGGAGAACAAGUCCGUCAUCGCUCCCAUGUUAGACUCUCAGGGAGCAUACUCCAACUUCUGGUGUGGUAUCACUCCACAGGGAUAUUAUCGUCGGACAGCAGAGUACUUUCCCACCCGUCAUCGUCAGAGAGUGGGCUGCUUCCCUGUGCCUAUGGUCCACAGCACCCUACUGCUGGAUUUGAGGAGGGAAGGCAUUAAGAAACUGGCUUUCUACCCUCCUCACGAUGACUACUCAUGGCCUUAUGAUGACAUCAUUGUUUUUGCCUUCUCCUGCCGUGCGGCAGCAAUACAGAUGUACUUGUGCAACAAGGAGCGCUAUGGCUACCUAAAUGUUCCAGCCAAACCUCACCACACAUUGGAGGAUGAUCGCCUUAACUUUGUCCAUGUCCAUCUGGAGUCUAUGAUUGAUGGUCCGCCCAUGUAUCCCUCUCAGUUCACUCACAUGUUCCCAAACCAGAGAGACCUGAUGGGAUUUGAUGAGAUUUACCUGAUAAAUCUGCAACGCCGGAAAGACCGUAGAGACAGGAUGUUGUCCUCUCUGAACCAGCUGGAGAUAGACAUCAAGGUGGUAGCUGCUGUGGAUGGAAAUGCACUGAACAGCAGUAAUAUUAAGAUCUUGGGUGUUGACCUGCUGCCAGGCUACUAUGACCCAUUCUCCGGGCGCACCCUGACCAAAGGAGAGGUGGGCUGCUUUCUCAGCCAUUAUUACAUCUGGAAGGAGAUUGUGGACAUGCAGAUGGACAAAGCCCUAGUCUUUGAAGACGAUGUCCGCUUCCAGGCCAACUUCAAGCGACGGGUCCUCCGGCUGAUGGAGGAAGUGGAGCAGGUGGAGCUUGACUGGGACAUUAUAUACUUUGGCAGGAAACAAGUGAAUCCUGGAAACGAAGAGGCGGUGGAGAACGUUCGGAACUUGGCGGUGGCCGGCUACUCUCACUGGACUUUGUCUUAUGCCAUCUCUCAGCAGGGAGCCCAAAAACUGCUCAAUGCUGAGCCUUUUCCCAAGAUGUUGCCUGUCGAUGAAUUCCUCCCCAUCAUGUAUGACAAACACCCCAAUGAGCACUACAAGUCCCAUUACCCCAACCGAAACUUACAAGCCUUCAGCACGCGCCCCCUCCUGGUACAGCCAUGUCACUACGCUGGUGAUCCCAAGUGGGUGAGUGACACAGAGACUUCAACUCUGUGGGAUGACGACUCGGUAAGGACCGAUUGGAGGGGUUCCCACAAGACCCUCAAAGGGGCUGUGCCGGCACCGGAUAUGUUGUCAGCCACCUACAGGGAUGAACUUUAGUGCAGAGAAGGUGGAGGUGUUGAUACCUAUCAGCUCGAGAGACCAUGACAGCAGACAAACAAGACACUCAGAGGAAAACAUGUUCUCAGACUUGAAUUCAGUCCAGUCUGUGUCGCAUCUUUGACAUGUGAUCAGUGUCUCAUAAACUGGACUUUUUGUACAGAUAUCUGAGCAUUUCAAUUGCAGCAACUUGCACAAGAGAUUUUUUUCUCAAACAAUCCAAACUUUUGAAUGUUUUUAACGUUGCUAAUACAUUUAGUUUUAUUGCUUUAUUCAGACUGUUUAAACAUUUUAUAUGGUUGACAUCAAGAUAUUUUUGGUUACAUGUUUGCUUGUGAAGAUUUCAUGUAAAUAAUGUUUAGAGUUUUUUUUUUUUUUUUAAA